CGGAGGCGCUGCGGGGGUGCGGGGCAGGGCUGCGGGGGGCUGGCACCGGCCCCCAGUGGGGCUCCAGGGAGGCCACCAUGUCCCAGGCCACCAUCAGCCUCCAGCAGCAGGAGGGGGGCAGGGAGAGCCCCCCCGCAGCUUCGCCACCCUCCUCCUCCUCCUCGCCAUCCCCGCCGGGGUCCCUGCUGGCCGCCCCGCGGCAGACGCUGUUCCAGCAGGGGGCUGGGGACACCUUCCGCGUCCCGGCGCUGCUCUACCUGCCCCCGGCUGGCACCUUCCUGGCCUUCGCCGAGCGCCGCGGCUCGCCCAGGGACGAGGAUGCCAAGCACCUGGUGAUGCGGCGAGGGCAGCGGCAGGGGGACCGCGUCCAGUGGGGUCCCCUGGAGGAUCUGUCCGCGCUGGUGCUGCCAGGGCACCGCACCAUGAACCCCUGCCCGCUCUACGACGCCAGGACUGGCACCGUCUUCCUCUUCUGCAUCUGCGUGGAGCGGGGCAAGACGGAGGCCUGGCAGCUGAGGUGGAGCCGCAGCGCCGCUCGCCUCUGCUGCUCCCGCAGCGCCGACGCCGGGCGCAGCUGGGCACCGCUGCGCGACCUCACCCGCCAGGCGCUGGGCACUGCCCUCUCCCGCUGGGCCACCUUCGCCGUGGGGCCCGGGCACGGCGUGCAGCUGGCCUCGGGCCGCCUGGUGGUGCCAGCCUACGCCUACUACGUGCACUGGAGGCUGUGCGGGGCACUGCCCCUGCCCUGCUCCACCCGCCAGCACUCCCUGGUCCUCUACAGCGACGACGGCGGGCACAGCUGGCACAGGGGCGGCCUGCUGGCCGGUGGGCAGACGGGCGAGUGCCAGGUGGCUGAGCUGAGCGGGGGCGAUGCCCACCAGCCCUUGCUCUACUGCAGCGCCCGGGCGCGGCGGGGCUGCCGCGCCGUGGCCGUGAGUGGGGACGGUGGGGUCCGGUUUGGGCAGCCCAGGCUGUGCCAGGCGCUGAGCGAACCCCCGCGGGGGUGCCAGGGGAGCGUGGUGAGCUUCUCCCCCCCCCGCCGGCUCCGGGCAGGAUCGUCGGAGUGGUUGCUCUACUCCCACCCCACCAACCGGCACCGCCGCAGCGACCUGGGCAUCUACCUGAACCCCUCGCCCUUGGACGGGGCGGCCUGGGGGCACCCCUGGGUGCUGCAGCCGGGCCCCGCGGCUUACUCCGACCUCGCCAGCUGCCUGGGAGGGGUUUUUGGGUGCCUGUUUGAGUGUGGCACCAGCAGCUCCUGCGAGGAGAUCGCCUUCUGCCUCUUCAGCCUGGGCACCUCCACCCACGGCCAGCAGGACCCUGAAGCUGACCUCGUUUUGGGGGCUGGGGGGGAGGGGGCAGGGCUGGCACCACAGCAGGACCUUCUGGCUGCUCAGCAGCUGCCUGGCUCUUAAUUAAUGAAUGCUCAGCUUUUUAAUUA